AUGACACGAGAAGAAAAAUUAAAAGAAUUAAAUGAUAAUAUAGAAAAAUACGAAAAAAUUGUUGAUGAAUACGAAAAAGGCUUACAAGAUGCCCUCAAAGUCUUAGAAGAUUUAAAAAAAGAACGAGACAAGAUUGCUAAGGUUGACACUGGUAUAGCCAAAGUUGAAAGUUCAAUGGGCAAAUUAGAAGCCAAAAUGAUUCAAUUUCAGAAUAAAUUAGCUAACUUCAAAUAA